UGCAAAGGGACAGGGGCAGGCUGGACUCCUAGCUGAGGGGCACGGGAGGGGCACGCUGGGGGUGCUCGGAGGACACAGCCUCAUUUCUCUGGAUGGAGGACACCCUGCUCCCCUUGUCCCCACAUCCCAGUAGGUGUCUCCCUGGGGUGGGGAGUGAUGGGGAGCCCCCUACCCAGAACACUCCAGGGGGGUAAGAGCACCAGAUAACGGGCUCCUGGGCCUGGGAGUCAGGACAGAGGGAACAUUGUUGGGGUGGAGGCAGGGCUGCCUUGGCCCCGGCCACUAUUGACAAAGCUGCCAGCUGUGGCUGAGCCCGGCCGUCAGGCCCUCGCCCCCGGCCGCCCUCCUCCCCCGGGCCUGGCAGGAAUGGGGCCGAGUCUCUGCCUCCCUCCCACUCGGGACAAUGCCCCCCACAGCCAUCUUGUGCCUGGCACCACUGCCCUGAGGCAGCUGAACUGAUGAGAUGUGCCUUCCAUGGUCCCGUGCUACUUGGAAGACCCCUCGGCUGCACAGUUUCAUAGUGGCCCCCGUGAUGGCCCUCCGGCCUCCCUUUUGUCUCCACCUCCUGCUGCUGCUGCUGCCGCCGCCACCACUGCCUCUAACCGGGGCUCACCGAUUCUCUGCACCCAACACCACCUUCAAUCACUUGGCGCUUGCGCCAGGCCCGGGCUCCCUCUAUGUGGGUGCUGUGAACCGCCUCUUCCAGCUCAGCCCUGAACUGCAGCUGGAGGCCAUGGCUGUCACCGGCCCUGUCCUCGACAGCCCCGACUGCGUGCCCUUCCGAGACCCGGCCGAGUGCCCACAGGCCCGGCUCACUGACAAUGCCAACCAGCUACUGCUGGUGAGCAGCCGGGCCCAGGAGUUGGUGGCCUGUGGGCAGGUGCGGCAGGGCGUGUGCGAGAAGCGGCGCCUGGGGGAUGUGGCUGAGCUGCUGUACCAGGCCGAGGACCCUGGUGACGGACAAUUUGUGGCCGCCAAUGCUCCCGGAGUGGCCACAGUGGGCCUGGUGGUGCCCGUGCCAGGGCGAGACCUUCUGCUAGUGGCCAGGGGCCUGGCGGGCAAGCUGUCGGGCGGGGUCCCUCCGCUGACCGUGCGCCAGCUGGCUGGGCCCCAGCCCUUCUCCAGCGAAGGCUUGGGCCGCCUCGUGGUGGGCGACUUCUCUGACUACAACAAUAGUUAUGUGGGUGCCUUUGCUGAUGCCCGGUCUGCCUACUUCGUCUUCCGCCGCCGCGGGGCCCGGGCUCAGGCUGAGUACCGCUCCUACGUGGCCCGUGUCUGUCUGGGUGACACCAACCUCUACUCUUACGUGGAGGUGCCCCUGGUUUGCCGCGGCCAGGGCCUCAUCCAGGCUGCCUUCCUUGCCCCGGGCACCCUGCUGGGAGCAUUUGCUGCUGGCUCAAGGGGGGCGAGGGCCGCCCUGUGUGCCUUUCCCUUGGCCCAGCUGGACGGGAGCAUGGAGGAGGCCCGGCGGCUCUGCUACACGACAGCUGGCAGGGGCCCCAGUGGCUCAGAGGAAGCCAUCGUCGAGUAUGGUGUGACAUCACGCUGUGUCACCCUACCCCCUGACUCCCCGGAGUCAUACCCCUGCGGUGAUGAGCACACCCCCAGCCCUAUUGCCGGCCGCCGCCCUCUGGAGGCUGAACCUCUACUGCUACUCAAGCAGCCCAUCAGCGCCGUGGCUGCCCUCCAGGUGGAUGGGCACAUGAUGGCCUUCCUGGGGGACACCCAGGGCCAGCUGCAUAAGGUCUUUCUCAGCAACUCCCAGGGCCAGGUGUACUACUCCCAGCAAGUGGGUCCCCCAGGCUCGGCCAUCAGUCCUGACCUGCUGGUGGACAGCAGUGGCAGCCACCUCUAUGUCCUGACUGCCCAGCAGGUGGAUCGGGUGCCCGUGGCAGCCUGCCCCCAGUUCCCUGACUGCACCAGCUGCCUGCAGGCCCGGGACCCACUCUGCGGCUGGUGUAUCCUUCAGGGCAGGUGUACCCGGAAGGGCCAGUGUGAGCGGGCAGCUCAGCCGAACCAGUGGCUGUGGAGCUAUGAAGAGGGGAGCCAUUGUCCACACAUCCAGGCCCUGCUGCCGGCCCAGCACCCCCGCCAGGAGCAGGGCCAGGUUACCCUCUCUGUCCCCCGGCUGCCUGCCCUGGCCCUGGACGAGUACUUCCACUGUGCCUUUGGAGACUAUGACAGCUUGGCUCACGUGGAAGGGCCCCAUGUGACCUGUGUCACCCCUCCCCAUGACCAGGUGCCACUUAACCCUCCAGGCACAGACCAUGUCACCCUGCUCCUGACCUUGAUGUUUGAGGAUGUGGUUGUGGCUGCUGCCAACUUCUCCUUCUAUGACUGCAGCGCUGUCCAGGCCUUGGACAUGGCCGCCCCGUGCCGCGCUUGCGUGGGCAGCCUAUGGCGGUGCCACUGGUGCCCCCAGAGCAGCCAGUGUGUGCUUGAGGAGCACUGCCCCGAUGGCGAGAGGACCAUCUACAGCGCCCAGGAGGUGGACGUCCAGGAGCGAGGCCCUGAGGCCUGCCCUCAGGUUGAGGGCCUGGCUGGUCCCCUGCUGGUGCCCGUGGGCUGGGAGAGUCGCUUGGUGCUGCGUGUGCGGAACCUUCACCAUUUUCGAGGCCUGCCUGCCUCCUACCACUGCUGGCUGGAGCUGCCGGGAGAGCUUCGGAGGCUGCCCGCCUCCCUGGAAGAGACUGCUGGGGAUGGGAGCCUUAUCUACUGCCAGGCCCAGCAGUUCCACCCCUCAACCUCCCAGCGGGAGCUCCGGGUGCCCAUCUAUGUCACCCGGGGCGAGACCCAGCGCCUGGACAACGCAGACCUUCUUCAUGUGACCCUGUAUGACUGCGCUGUGGGCCACCCCGACUGCAGCCACUGCCAGGCAGCCAACGGGAGCCUGGGCUGCCUGUGGUGCCGCCACAGCCAGCCAGCCUGUCGCUAUGGGCCCCUGUGCCCGCCCGGGGCUGCCCUGCAGCUCUGCCCUCGGCCUAGCAUUUUCUCGAUUGAGCCCCGGACUGGUCCCCCAGAGGGAGGCCUGGCCCUCACCAUCCUAGGCUCGAACCUGGGCCGGGACUUCGCCGAUGUGCGGGACGCUGUGAGGGUGGCUGGCCGGCCCUGCAGCGCUGACCCAGCUCUGUACCGGAUCUCUGCUCGAAUUGUGUGUGUGACGUCUCCCGCCCCCAACGGCACCGUGGGGCCAGUUCAAGUGGCCAUUAAGGGUCGGCCACCGGGCAUCUCCACCCAGCACUUCACUUACCAGGACCCGGUCCUACUGAGCCUGAGUCCCCUGUGGGGCCCCCAGGCAGGGGGCACCCAGCUCACCAUCCGUGGGCAGCACCUCCAGACAGGGGGCAACAUCAGUGCGUUCGUGGGAGGUCAGCCUUGUCCCAUCCGAGAGCCCGUGUGUCCUGAGACUAUCACGUGCCGCACCAUGCCCCAGGCAGCCCCAGGAAAAGCAAUCGUUCAAGUUGUCUUCGGCCAGGCCCAGCGCACGCUGCUGUCCAGCCCCUUCCUCUACACGGCCAACCCCCAGCUUCUGGCAGCGGAGCCCAGUGUCAGCUUCCGGGGGGGCGGGCGGCUGAUCCGUGUCAGGGGCUCAGGCCUGGACGUUGUGCGGCGGCCCCUGCUGUCGGUGUGGCUGGAGGCCGAGGGCCCGGAGGGGGUCACACUGGCCUGGCCUGAGCCCAGCCUGGCCCAGCCCCAGGACCCAGACCCAAGGCGGAGCUGUGGGGUCCCUGCUGCAGACCCCCAGGCUUGUGUCCGGCUUGAUGGGGGCUUGCUGCAGUGCUCCACGGUCUGCUCCAUCAACUCGUCCAGCCUCCUCCUGUGCCUGAGCCCCGCUGUGCCUGAUGGCGCCCGCCCACGCCGGGUCUUCUUCACCCUGGACAAUGUGCACGUGGACUUUGCCAGGGCCAGUGGGGGCCGGGCCUUCCUCUACCAGCCCAACCCCCGCCUGGCGCCCCUCAGCCGCGAUGGCCCCAUCCGCCCCUACCGUCUCAAGCCAGGCAACGUGCUCGAUGUGGAGGGUGAGGGCCUCAACCUGGGUAUCAGCAAGGAGGAGGUGCGUGUGCUCAUCGGAGACGGGGAGUGCCUGGUGAAAACGCUCACCCUCACCCACCUCUACUGUGAGCCACCCCUGCAGGCCCCGCAGCCCAGCAACAGCUCUGGCAGCCUGCCCCAGUUCGUGGUGCACAUGGGCAACGUGCGGCUGGCACUGGGCCCCGUGCAGUAUGAGGCAGAGCCUGCGCUGGCCACCUUCCCCGUGGAAGCCCAAGUGGGCCUGGGGCUGGGCGCCGCCCUGCUGACUGCUGCCGUGCUCCUGCUCACCCUCAUGUACAGGCACAAGAGCAAGCAGGCCUUGCGAGACUACCAGAAGGUGCUGGUGCAGCUGGAGAACCUGGAGAUCAGCGUGGGCGACCAGUGCCGCAAGGAGUUCACAGACCUGAUGACCGAGAUGACCGACCUCAGUAGCGACCUGGAGGCCAGCGGCAUCCCCUUCCUGGACUACCACACGUACGCGGAGCGCGUCUUCUUCCCCGGCCAUGGCGGCUGCCCGCUGCAGCCCUGGCCCAACGGGCCUGAGGAAGAGGCCCGCCACGCCACUGUGCGCCAGGGCCUCACGCAGCUCUCCCACCUGCUCAACAGCAGACUCUUCCUCCUCACACUCAUCCACACGCUGGAGGAGCAGCCCAGCUUCUCCCAGCGUGACCGCUGCCACGUGGCCUCCCUGCUGUCCCUUGCGCUGCAUGGCAAGCUGGAGUACCUGACCGACAUCCUGAAGACCCUGCUCGGCGACCUGGCCGCCCAUUAUGUGGACAAGAACCCCAAGCUCAUGCUGCGCAGGACGGAGAGCAUGGUGGAGAAGCUGCUCACUAACUGGCUGUCCAUCUGUCUAUACGCCUUCCUGAGGGAGGUGGCUGGAGAGCCGCUGUACAUGCUCUUUCGGGCCAUCAAGUACCAGGUGGACAAGGGCCCUGUGGACGCCGUGACGGGCAAGGCCAAGCGCACCCUGAACGACAGCCGCCUGCUGAGGGAGGACGUGGAGUUCCGGCCCCUGACGCUCAUGGUGCUGGCAGGCACCAGCAGGAUGGCAGGGACCAGCAGCGGGCAGUGUGUGCCAGCCCGGGUGCUCGACACCGACACUAUCACCCAGGUCAAGGAGAAGGUGUUGGACCAGGUCUACAAGGGCACCCCCUUCUCCCAGAGGCCCUCUGUGCACACCCUAGACCUCGAGUGGCGCUCAGGCAUGGCUGGUCACCUCACUCUGUCUGAUGAGGACCUGACCUCGGUGACCCAGAACCACUGGAAGAGACUCAACACCCUACAGCACUACAAGGUCCCGGAUGGAGCCACGGUGGGGCUCAUCCCCCAGCUGCACCACAUAGGCACCAUCACCCAGAGUCCAGUCCAGAGCUGCCCCUCUGGGGAGAACACACCCAUGCUCGAGGACAGUGAGGAGGGUGGACUCCGCCUCUGGCACCUGGUGAAGGCCACUGAGGAGCCAGAAGGGACCAAGCCUCGGCGGAGCAGCCUGCGGGAACGGGAGCGCGAGCGGGCCCGAGCCAAGGCCAUUCCGGAAAUCUACCUCACCCGCCUGCUCUCCAUGAAGGGCACACUGCAGAAGUUUGUGGACGACACGUUCCAGGCCAUCCUGAGCGUGAACCGCCCCGUGCCCAUCGCCGUCAGGUACUUGUUUGAUUUCCUGGACGAGCUGGCGGAGAAGCACGGCAUCGACGACCCUGACACGCUGCACAUCUGGAAGACCAACAGCCUGCUGCUGAGGUUCUGGGUGAACACCCUGAAGAACCCCCAGUUCAUCUUUGAUGUGCGGGUGUCAGACAAUGUGGAUGCCAUCCUUGCCGUCAUCGCCCAGACCUUCAUCGACUCCUGCACCGUCUCGGAGCACAAAGUGGGCCGGGAUUCCCCUGUGAACAAACUUCUCUAUGCUCGGGAGAUCCCUCGCUACAAGCAGAUGGUGGAGAAAUACUACACAGACAUUCGUGAGAGCUCCCCAGCCAGCUACCAGGAGAUGAACUCAGCUCUUGCUGAGCUCUCGGGGAGCUACACCUCUGCCCCUCACUGCCUGGAGGCACUGCAAGACCUCUACAAGCACAUCCACAGGUAUUACGACCAGAUCAUCAGCGCCCUGGAGGAAGAUCCCAUGGGCCAGAAGAUGCAGCUGGCCUGCCGCCUACAGCAGAUCGCCGCCCUGGUGGAGAACAAAGUGACUCACCUGUGAGCUCCGUGGGCCUGGGGAGCAGCCAGCAGGACCCCCGCGGCAGUGCCUUAUGACCCCUGGGUCUAGCCAGUGACUGAGGAGGGGCCAGCCGAGCACACAGGGUGGGUGGGGUGCACACCAGGGGCUGUGCCUGGCAGCACUGCCCCCAGCGUCUCUCCCACUUGGGCGUGUGUCUAAUUUAUAGCCGCCCACCUCUUCCCCGCCGACCUCUCCCGCCCACUGUAUUUAUUUGCUUGCUGGAGAAUCACAUCUGGAAAUAAAAUAGAAAUACAUCUUUCAAGACAAAGCCCAGCCUCCACCUCCCCCUACAAGUCAGCUCAGCCUUCCCAGGGGCUGCCUUCCCUGGUCUGCCUGAGGGAAAGAGAGGGAUGCAGGACCAAGUGUCUCCCUUUUUGGAUAACUACGGUCAAGGCCAAGCUCCCUCUGCUUCACCCUGACUCCCUG